GUGAUGUUAUGCCACUGUGAGGGCGAUUGAAUGGAGGCGGGACAAGAUUUCGCGGCUGCUACCAAAAUUACGGAAUUUAUGUUGUGCGUAAAUCCUGUGCAUAAAGUUGGACCAUAUCUGUCUUCAGGUUUAUUUGUUUAGUUAGCGAGCUCUAUUGAAAGUUUACAACCAUAUGACAAUUCGCUGACUGUCGCUAACUCUGCAAUGGGAUUUUACACAGUGCUUGCGUUAACUUUGUAUGUCUUAUUUGACGUAAACUAUUUCAUACAGUACAUUCUUAUUAUGGUACGUGGCUUUCUGCGAUGGAGACACAUUAAGAGGCCUCUCUUAGAGCCCGACGUCACGACUGGCAGGUGCUCACUUUGUGACCUCGAUCACAUGAUGCACAUGAACAAUGUAAAGUACCUCCGUGCCUUUGAGUUUGGCCGAGCUGCAUUUGGUUUGAAGAAUAGACUGUGGCAAAAAGCAAAGAAAUUGAAAGCUCACCUGCUCAUCAGUGCUCAAGUGGUGCGCUACCGAAGGCCAGUCACACUUUUCCAGGCUUUUGAAAUUCAUUCCAAGAUUGUGUACUGGGAAGACAGAGAUGUCUACAUUGAACAGCAGUUGAUCACAGUUGGAGACAAUUUUGUUCGAGCAGUAUGCAUGGUAAAAAUGACACUUGUGGAUGGAGCGUUGAAUGACCUGCUGACAUCUCUAGAUGUUGAUCCAACCUCCAAGCCAACACCAGUCCCUCGGGAUAUUCAGCUCUUCAUGGACUAUAAUCGUGCUAGCAGCGCAAAGCUAAAUGCAGAAAAAGAUAGGCUUCUGAAUGUUAAGCAUUCAGAGUAAAUUUCUCACAAAACAUG